AUGCAUCAACGUACUAUUGCAGCGGUUGUAUCAAUACUCAGUUCAUUACUGUCAAUUGCAUUGGGAGCUGUAGCAGUAUCACUAGCCAAGAAGUAUGAUCCUAAUAGAUGUGUUUUAAUAAUAAUUGCAUGCUCUUCUAUCAUAUAUGGUAUAACAAAUAUAUUUGAUAUAUUGUCAACUAUUCAGCGAAGUAAGCGUAUAAAUAAAUACUUUUCCUUCAACCGUGAAUUGUUCUUACUGUUACAAUUACUGAUAUUAGGUUCUGCUGUUGAGUUUUUUAAUAAUUCUCUUAAGAAUUUAAUUACAAACGAUAGUAGUUAUCUAACAAACUCACUGGAACAACGUUUAUACAUUGGCUUUUCUGAAUUGUUAAUAUUCUCGUUAUUCAUAAAUGGUAUAAAUAUCGGAAGCUUGAACGCUGUUAAGAGCUUUUGUACCAGAAAAGAAGGAGAAGACAAAGGCGUAAUCACUCCUGAUUAUGAAAAGAUAUAUAACCAUGACCAACAAGCUUAUAAACCUUCUAUCCCAUUAAAAAUUUCAUCUCAAACACUAACUCCUGAUAUGGAUUUAGCUAAUUUUGGAGAAAAUAAUAAUAUCGGUAGUAAUUAUGAUGUAAAAAAUUUAAGAAAUGGAAAACAAAUAAAUUUAGAUGCCAAUUAUAAUAUUAUUCCUGCACAAAGUGGUAUAAAUACGAGGGAAUCAUCAGGAAAUCUUUCAUUUCCAUCUGUACUUAGGACAAAGUUAAGUUCAUCACAUUUAAAACCUCAAAAAAAUUUAAAUGAACCAUCUAAAAUAGAAGAAGCAUCUGAAGUUUCGAGAAAGGAUAAAACUAAAAAUUUUUGCAGUUCAUUUUUUAUUUCAACUUCUAAAAUUCUCAAAGGAUCAAAAAAUUAUGAUGCAACUCAAGCACAAAAGACUUCCAUGAUCCACAGUAAUUUGGUUCAAAAUAAAAUUUCCAAAUCAAAUAAAAAUUUCAAAUAUUUUUCGAAAUUAUCAGCUAUAUCUGACAUGCAAAGAGAUAUGUUAAGCAAAUAUACAUCUACAGAUUCCGUAAAUAAAAAUGCUGAAACUAAUGAAAAAUCAGACACAAAUAGUUACCUUACUGAAAAAAAGCGGAUGAGUUCUCUAAUAUUAGAGUCUAAUGUUAAUAUGAAUAGAGCAGACAAAUUCCUUGACGAGUGCAAUCCUGUUGCAUUAGAGAAGGAAGCAAAAAUAGAAGUUGAAAGACAAGCAUUAAAAAGAAUCAAUAGUGCUCUAUUACCUCCAAUAUUAAGCCCAUGUGAAGCCCCAGUGCUACAGCAACAAGGGUUUAUUCCAGGCCUAAUACCUGAAUUAUUAGAAUCAGCUUCUAACAAACUUCAAACGGUUGAUGAAAUUAAUUCUCCUGAAAAUUUUGUUCAUGAUCAUCAUUACGAUAAUUUUUCAUUCGACGACAAGAUCUUGGAAGACAAUGACUUACAAAGCAUAUCACAAAUUCCUAUGUUUCCCGAAGAACCAGUACCAACACAAAAAGAUUAUAAGCAAUUUAAUUUGUCUGUUGAAAAUCUUCCUGGAAAUGUUACUUUAGAUAUGUGGAAUAGUGAUAAAUCAAAGUUUAUGAAAAGAGCAGAGACAUUGCAGGACAAUUUACUUCUGCCGGCUUUUAACUUUUCUAAACAAGAAUUAAUAGAACUUGACGAUGAUAAUUCUAAUUCAUCAAUAUUAGAUAACAGUCAUUUCCACUUCCCCAAAACUGCACUAGGCCAUAAAAUGAAUUUGACCCAAAUAGAUCUACCAUAUGAAAAUUAUGACACAAUCAGUCAAUUAGAUGAGUAUCUAACUGAUCUUAAUGAUAAAGACAAUAACGAUGAAAGCCAGCUAUUAGAAAAUGGAUUGAAUCAAAACCUUUCUUCAUCUAAUAUCACUGAGAUAUGCUCAAAAGACUUAUCGAGAAUCAAUACAAGACAUUCACCGACCAAAUCGAUAAUCUCAAUAAUCAGCUCCGGUACAGGUAUUCAUCAUAGACAAAAGUCACACGCUGGUAGCGGUAUGGGUAGUAUAUCUCAUAAUAGAGGGAAUUCACAAAUGUCAAAUUACUUAAAUUCCCAAAACAAUUUUUCAACAAUGCUGUCUCCACCAACUUCACCAACAAGAAACAAAACUUUCAAAAGAUUAGGCAAGAAAUUAUCGAUUUCCAAUCUAUCUGAUUCAUUGUCACCAAUACACUCGACAGAAAUGACCUUUACUGAGAGUAUGAAAACUUCAAACAAUGAUUCUAAUUUCGGGAAACUAAUGUUUUCUGGCCAUAAAAAAAGAGGGAAAAGUUUGGACUUUAGUUAUUUACAUUCAUUGCAAAAUAAUGGAUCCCCAACUAAAUCACCAUUUAAUGGUGUUUCCCAAAAAGGUUCGAUAACGGAAAAUCGUAGAAACAGUGCCUUUGCGGAAAAGAAUUUGAGAACUGUAAGUUCAUUAUUCUAUCACCAAGAGAAUAGCAAUACAUCUCCAUAUUUAUCGGAUAAACGAAAACAAUUGACAAUUAAUACCGAUUUAAGGGCAUUUGAUGAUCAACCGUUAUUCACAUUAAGGUCAACAUCGUAUUAUUCAGACGAACAAAAAUCCACAACAUCAAACACCGAAUAUCCACAGACAUUAACUAGCCAAUAUGAUCAAGAGAAGUGGAAUUCAAGUCACAAUCUAAUGACUAAGUCGGACAUCAACGUUGCAUUAUAA